UGGAGAGGACGCCGCAUAUGCAGAGAGCGCGCUGGAGUGACAGCGCUGCAAGAGGAGUAUCGUACGAGAUAUAGUUGCAGGGUCCCUAAUCUUUGAACACGCUUAUCUGAGUUCUGACUCCGUUGGUCUCCGAUCUACACGUGAACGGCGUGUGUCCGUGCCCAAAGGGAUUCGUUCCAGGAAAGGAGGGGGAUCGAUCAUCGAUGCCAGAGAGCUUGGUGACUGGCGCCUCGGGGAUCUCGGAGAAGAUGAUCUACAUGAAGCAGAAGAUGACCUCAUCUAUUUGCUAGUUAAAAUUUUGCCAUGUUGACAGGACCUAAUGAAUCACUGCCGCGAUAUUAGUUCUCCAGAAAUUUUCCACAUGAUUAUGCUAACCUUCAUCUCAUCUGUUCAUUUUCUUAGUAUAUCCACGAUCAAGUUCCAACAACGACGGCUUCACAUAUACUUGUAUGUAUACGGCCAUACUGUUUGUCACCGUUAUUCCUAGCUCGACAUGGCUGCCGGCAUGAAGCUUGCUGCCUUCUGCCUCCUCGCCGUCGCCUCCCUCCCGCUCCUCGCGGUCGCCGACUGCGAAUGCGAGGCCUCCGCCGACGAAGACAGCGACAAGGGAAGGGCGCUCACGCUCAAGAUCGUCGCCAUCUUCUGCAUCCUCGUCGCGAGCUCCGGGGGCUGCGCGAUCCCCUCGCUCGGCCGGAGGUUCCCGGGGCUCCGCCCGGACACCGACCUCUUCGUCGCCGUCAAGGCCUUCGCGGCGGGGGUCAUCCUCGCCACGGCGUUCGUGCACAUCCUCCCGGACGCCUUCGAGAAGCUCGGCUCGCCGUGCCUCGCCGACGGGCCGUGGCACAAGUUCCCGUUCACGGGCCUCAUCGCCAUGCUCGCCGCCAUCGCCACGCUCGUCGUCGACACGAUCGCCACGGGCUACUUCCAACGCGCGCACAACGCCAAGCCCGCCGCGGCCGUCGGGGACGUCGAGACCUCAGACCAUGCGCCGCACGGCGGUGGCCACGCGCACGGUGUCGCGUCCAUGAUGGUGUCGACGCCCAACGCCGACGGCGGCGGCACGCAGCUCAUCCGCCACCGCGUCAUCGCGGUGCUCGAGCUGGGGAUCAUAGUGCACUCGGUGAUCAUCGGGAUGUCUGUGGGCGCAUCUGAGAGUCCCAGCACGAUCAGACCGCUUGUGGCAGCGCUGACGUUUCAUCAGUUCUUCGAAGGAAUAGGGCUUGGAGGAUGCAUUGUGCAGGCCAAGUUCCGUCUGAAGUCGGCGCUGACAAUGGCCCUCUUCUUUUCACUCACCACGCCGGUCGGGGUUGUGAUCGGCAUCGGGAUCUCCUCCGCCUACGACGAGAACAGCCCCAGGGCCCUCAUCAUCGAAGGGGUCCUCAACGCCGCCGCGGCUGGCAUCCUCAACUACAUGGCCCUCGUCGACCUUCUCGCCCAAGACUUCAUGAACCCUAGGGUGCAGAACAACGGGAGGCUGCAGGUCAUCGUCAACGUGUCGUUGCUGGUCGGGACGGCGCUGAUGUCCAUGCUUGCUAUAUGGGCGUGAAUACUCGCGAGUACAGUACUGAUCCAAUUAUGUUUUUUUUUCUUUUUGGAUUUUUUCCACCGCCCGUUUGAUCUUUGUUAUUACGCGAUCAUCAUCACCUGACAGUUUAUUAUUUGUGUCUGUAAAAAGAAGUACAUACUCGCCAAAUAAAACUCAUGUAAUAAAAGCGCCGAUUACGUCGCUAUUAUGAACCUCA